CCCAUCUAGCGUUGCCUCUGUUCCUCGCGCGUUGACUUUGACGACACUUCCGGAACUGUGAUAGCACGCAGCCGGUGUGUGAGAGUACUGAACAGUCAGCUAGCCGUGCAGCUUUCGCCAUGUCCUCCCUACUUAAAGUGGACCAGGAGCUGAAAAAGAAGGUGGAUCAUUUCCGGGAAAGAAUCACAAGUGAGGCUGAAGAUCUUGUUGCCAGUUUCUUUCCAAAGAAAUUAUUGGAACUAGAUGGCUUUCUUAAGGAACCCAUGUUAAAUGUUCAAGAUCUUCAACAGAUACAUUCUGAAAUGAACUUGCCUGUUCCAGAUCCUAUCCUCCUCACUAACAGCCAUGAUGGAUUAGACGCUCCAAAUUUAAAGAAGAGGAAAUUGGAAGAUGGAGAUGAUGCCUUCACAGGAACCAAAGUUUUUGUGAUGCCCAAUGGAAUGCUGAAAAGUAAUGCUCAGUUGGUAGAGAUCAUUGAGAAGGUGAAGCCUGAAAUUAGGCUUCUCAUUGAAAAAUGCAACACGGUAAAAAUGUGGGUUCAGCUGCUUAUCCCAAGGAUAGAAGAUGGUAACAAUUUUGGAGUGUCCAUCCAGGAGGAGACCGUGGCAGAACUACGGACAGUGGAGAGUGAGGCAGCCUCAUACCUUGACCAGAUAUCUAGAUAUUACAUAACUCGAGCAAAAUUGGUGUCUAAAAUAGCCAAAUAUCCCCAUGUGGAAGACUAUCGGCGUACAGUGACAGAAAUAGAUGAAAAGGAGUAUAUCAGCUUACGGCUAAUUAUAUCAGAGCUGAGGAAUCAAUACGUCACAUUACAUGAUAUGAUUCUUAAAAACAUUGAGAAAAUCAAGAGACCUCGAAGCAGCAAUGCUGAAACCCUCUAUUAACCAUCCUGAAGCAUUCCUGCAUUUUUCAGUGUUCUUCAGUGUAUUUUUUUUUCUUUUUUUUCUCGAACUUAAAAGGAAUACAAGACCGUCAUUGCCUUGAUUGAGCUACAGACAUUCUCUUACCAGAAAGGGAAGGAAGGGGAAAAGGAGACUGCAAAAUAUUCUUGUUUUUAAUGUUUUUUUUUUUUCAACUCCUUAUGGAUUUUUCUGAUCAAUCUGUGUUGGAAGCAGCUCCUGACAACAAAGUUGUUAAUUAGUGUUUUUAGUUAUAUAGUACUCGAGGCAUGAACCGCAUGUCCUACAAAAAGGAGCAAAAUGUAUUUGUGUUACUACCCCCAUUUUUCACAAAAUGUUAAUUCUAUCAGCAAGAUACCUGCUCACUUACAGGCCAUCUUAAUGAUCAAAUGUACUUUUUAAAAAUAUUUGCUGGUUGAUGAUAUAGACACAUCUAAGACACAUCAAAAUCAUAUACAGACUGCUCAUUCAGUGUGGACUACCGAAUGUUUAACUGUUGACAUUAGUCCUUUGAUAUGUAGAUAUGAUCUGUAAAUGCACACAUUUUUCUAUAUGUAUCUACAGUAGGUCAAUGAUUAGCCACCAGUUUCAGGAGACUAGUUAGACUGGCUAAGUAUAAUCAAUUUUGCUGAAUUGUCAAUCAAUCCAAUAUGGUGGAAAAUCUCACAGGGUAGUCCAUCUUUUUUGUUUAACUUACAAGGUUUUAGGUGCACAUUUAGCCUACAGGUUGAUAUUCUGCUGUUUGUUUGUUUUUUAUUUGUUUUUUAUUUUCUAGUUAAUCACUCGUAAAGAUUUAUGGUCUUGAGAUGUGCAUAUAAUCUACAAUCUAUUGUGCGUUUUUUUUUUUUUUCCUAGUAAGGCAAGCUUUAUGCCAGGCUUCCCAUUCUCGCACUGCUGUGCUUGAUUAAACAGGGCUUUGCAUUCUUAGUCUUGCACCUUCCCCCCCGGUAAAGUGGCAAUCCAUUUUGCAAGAGUUUGCUUCUUACCUUGGUCCCACUGAGUUUGUAGUCUCCUAACACCCGGCAUGGUCGCAUCCAACUUUUGCAGAGAAUCAUCUUGGUGCUCUCGGUUAAUAAUUGAAGCUUUGUCCAUGGAAUAUGCACAGACUUGACACUAGCCAGACCAGAACUUUUAUUCUAGGUUGGCUAAUGUUGCUGCCUAAAGUGGAGUUGCACCGAUGGCAGCAGCAUUAAAUAUCAUGCUGAAAUACUGCACAUGGAGUGGUCAUGGUGCUUGGAGAGUUGCCCUAUAGCAGUUUUGAUAGUGCAGUUUAACUAGCAGAGUACAGUGCUUUAGCUGGCUGAUCAUAAUAAAACAUAGUCUUCAACAACUGGAGUGACAUCACUACUCCCAUCUGAUUUGACUACUCAAGAAUCUAUUCUUUAAACAGUGAAUUUCAACCAAAUGGUAGGUGAUUGCAGUUCAGCUGUAACAUGGUGACUGUUUUAACCAAGUUAAAUGUAUUAUUAUUCACAAAAGUUUGUAAAUUUAUAUGGGUGCUCUCCGAUUUGUCUCUGAAAUAAACCAAAUCUUAGUUUUCAUUGUAAAGAGGGGGAAGUCUGCUCAGUCUGUGCAGCAGGCACUGGGCAGCUUUGUAAGCUGACCGUACCUGAUCCUCCUGAGAUCAUAUCUGUAUAGACUAUCUGAUGUAGUGUGUCCUUCCCAACAGUGUAAUAUAUUUCUUUUGUCAUGGAGAAAGAGGUGCACAUUUGUUUUAUAGAGACAUACAGGUUAUAACAUAAUUAUUAUAUUUGGCUACUGUGUUAUUGAAGUUUAGAAUUGCUUUAAGUUGCAGGGCAGUUUCAUUACUCUCUACCCUUAAAACACUUCUCUUUCCUUAGCAGUCAGCUGUUGUGCAGUUGAGCUGUUCUUUUGUCUUUUUUUUUU